CCACGUGGAUCGAGAACCCGGAGCUGAUGAUCAUACAGGGUUGGAGGACUAACGCGGAAGGAGAUCUUAUUGGAUUCCUCUUUGGAUCGGUGCAACCGGGUCGCCGUCAGUUGAUUGCACAGGAGCUCAUCGCACCGAUCGUGCAAUUGGCGGACGAUCUCUCGCCCGACAUCUACUUUCAGAGUGACAACAGUCCUGCUCCGUACAUUUUCGAGCGAUCCUUGGAUCCGUACCUUCAGUGGACUUCGUGCUUGGAGGAACCAAGGGACGAGGAUACACUACCAUCGCGGCAAAAGUAUCUGAAGCCGUACAAGAUCCCUUACGCCUUCUACCCGAGGGCAGAAGAAGUGGUGAUCAACGACAACGACGACGAAGAAGAAGGCGACGACAAGGAAACAUCGGAGGAGGGAAGCUAUAAUGAACAUAGCGAGGGCGAGCUGAGUGAAGAGGAAGAAGAAGAAGCCGGAUCCGAGCGGGAAGCCCCGCCGGAAGAAGCAACGCGUACGGGAACGGAGGCGGAAGAUCGGGAAGCGGCACGAAAACGCGAAGAAAUUGCCUCCGGAAAGCGCCAGCUGGAGUUCGCCAGCAAAGCUAGCCUGCGCGUUGGUAACGAUCCGACCCGGGGACCAGAGCCGCCGAAGCCCGAAGAUGGCGACCCUGCAACCACCACCUAAAGUACCGCGCGACGGAGACGGCGCCGAUCCCCCUCCUCCUCCAGCCUCACCCAUCCCCCAGUUCG